AUGAGCUCCUUUUCAAUGAGCGCGUUGACCAAGGCAUUGCCGUCGGUAUGUCGCCAAUCUCAGCCUCGCAUUCAGUCUUUGCAUUUCACACGUCCCUUUUCGAUGUCUAGCUCUCAACAAGCUCCACGGGUCGAUCGGGAUGAAAUGCAAAGACAGAUGCUGGGUCGCGACUCGGAGACACCCUCCGACACCUCGCCCUCAUCGCCAUUGUCCGCGAUCACGCAAAUGAUGCAGGGCGAGAGAGCCCCUGCACGCCGUGAAAAUUUCAGAAUGGCGGAAAGCUUCGAAGCCGACAUGAUCAAGAACCCCUACGCCGACCGAGCCCCUGCUCACCAUCUCCACGUCUACUGCCACAAGCACAACACAAUCCUUACCUUGACACGGCCAAACGGAAACCCUAUUAUGUCAAUUGGGUGUGGUCAAAUCGGCUUCCGCAAAGCCGGGCGUUCUGGAUUUGACCCGGCAUACCAACUUUCCGCCCAUGUUCUCGGACAAAUCAAGGAGAAGGGCCUCCUAAUGGAAAUCAAGCGGUUAGAAGUUGUGUUCCGCGGGUUUGGAAAGGGCCGGGAGGCAUUCACAAAGGUGCUUCUGGGAAAUGAGGGACGAUUCAUCAAGGGACUUGUGAUGCGAGUGACCGAUUCUACUCGACUCAAGUUCGGUGGUACUCGCAGCAGGCACGAGCGUAGACUGGGUUGA